UGAAAACAAAAAACAGCUGAGGUAAACCAAAGAAGGAGAUCUUUGAGUGGGAAAACAUUUCAGUCGGGUGUUCACAAGACAUUUGUUGGUACUUCCUCAGGGUAACUCAGCAUUUAUUAUUUCAAAGGUGACACCGAAAAUUUCACAGUAAUAUUUAUCAGGUGACUCUUGGGUGUACAUCCCUGAAUUAAACUUCACAUGUUAAUUUUGUGUCUCUUAAUUUGAAGGUAAAUAAAAUGAGUCAAAUGCAGGUGCCCAGGAUCUUAGACUUUCUGCUGCCAAUUGGCCACUUUAGAAGCAUCACAUGCUGAAAACAUGCUUUAAAUGAAGCUGCUGGUAGCACCGUGCUGCCGAUACUUCUCUGGUCUUUGGUUGUGAGUGCCUCUUCUCAGAGCACCUCCUAUGAUGAUCAAGCCCUUCCUGGGAACCUGGAACCUGGUCUCCAGUGAAAACUUUGAUGAAUACAUGAAAGAACUGGGAGUGAAUUUUGCAACCCGGAAUGUAGCAGGAUUAGUGAAAAUGAGUGUCAGGAUUAGUGUCAAUGGAGAAACAGUGACCAUCCGGACGGAAAGUUCUUUCACAGACACUGAGAUUUCUUUCAUACUGGGGCAAGAGUUUGAUGAAACUACUGCAGAUAAUAGAAAAGUAAAGAGCAUCAUCAUAUUAGACAGUGACACAAUGAUUCAUGUCCAAAAAUGGCUUGGCAAAGAAACGACAAUAAAGAGAAAAAUUGUAGCUGGAAAAAUGGUAGUGGAAUGCACCAUGAAUAAUAUUGUCAGCACCAGAAUCUAUGAGAAAGCAUGAAGAAAGGAUCCAAUGAGAACUUUAAAAAAGACGAUACUUGAAGAAGGAAGGCCUCAGGGCGAGUGAUUUUAAAAAUUCUCAUCUGAAUUUGCUCAAUAAAAGCAUCAAAUUAAGCUCAAUUUUGGAUCUACUUGAUAAUGGAGAUCAGAGAGGGUCUCGUGAAUUGGAGAGGCAAAAAGCUACUUGCCUAUGGCAUGAAUGUAACAGCACUUC